AUGGGGAUCAGUCCCCUCGAGGGCAGACAAAGGGGUGCAGACAGAGGUGGAGGAAGAGCAACUGGGCUGGGAGAGCAGCUGGGCUGGGAGAGCAGCUGGGCUGGGCGAGCAGCUGGGCUGGGAGAGCAGCUGGGCUGGGCGAGCAGCUGGGCUGGGAGAGCAGCUGGGCUUGGAGAGCAGCUGGGCUGGGCGAGCAGCUGGGCUGGGAGAGCAGCUGGGCUGGGCGAGCAGCUGGGCUGGGCGAGCAGCUGGGCUGGGAGAGCAGCUGGGCUGGGAGAGCAGCUGGGCUGGGAGAGCAGCUGGGCUGGGCGAGCAGCUGGGCUGGGAGAGCAGCUGGGCUGGGAGAGCAGCUGGGCUGGGAGAGCAGCUGGGCUGGGAGAGCAGCUAAGCUGGGCGAGCAGCUGGGCUGGGAGAGCAGCUGGGCUGGGAGAGCAGCUGGGCUGGGCGAGCAGCUGGGCUGGGAGAGCAGCUGGGCUGGGCGAGCAGCUGGGCUGGGAGAGCAGCUGGGCUGGGGUGCGACCACCUUCUGUCACCACGAUUGGUGCACCCGAGGAGGUUCCUGCUGCUGCUGCUGCUGCUGCUGCUGCUGAUGAUGAUGAUGAUGAUGAUGAUGAUGAUGAUGAUGAUGAUGAUGAUGAUGAUGAUGAUGAUGAUGAUGAUGAUGAUGAUGAUGAUGAUGAUGAUGAUGAUGAUGAUGACGCAUCAGCCCCACCAGUGACCUCCCGCUAG